AGAAACGCUUUGAUCUAAUCUAUACCGAGCCGGAGCUGGCUAUUCUAACCAGAGAGGCUGCUGAGGUCUCCGGCUCUAUGGGAUGCUGAUUCCCUUUCAGAGAGCAUUGAGGACAGCAUGGCAGUGGCUUUUGAUGCAAUGCUGGCCCGGGUCAAGGAUGUCUGUAAAAGAAAUGGUUUACUCAUUCUAUCAGUAUUAUCCGUCAUCGUGGGAUGUCUCCUUGGAUUCUUCCUCAGAACUAGGCGCCUCUCUCAGCAGGAGAUUAGUUAUUUCCAGUUUCCUGGAGAGUUAUUGAUGAGAAUGCUGAAAAUGUUGAUUCUCCCUCUGGUUGUUUCAAGCUUAAUGUCUGGACUAGCGGCUCUCGAUGCUAAGACAUCUAGUCGAUUGGGCAUCAUAACAGUCACUUACUAUCUUUGGACUACUUUUGUCGCUGUUAUUGUGGGAAUCAUUAUGGUUUCCAUUAUCCAUCCUGGUGGGGCUGCCCAGAAGGAGAACACAGAGGAAAGUGGGAAGCCAAUCAUGAGCUCUGCAGAUGCAUUGCUGGACUUAAUUCGGAACAUGUUCCCUGCCAACCUUGUUGAGGCCACUUUUAAACAGUACCGAACGAAAACCACUCCUAUUGUCAAAGCCAACAAGGCAAUGUCUGAAAGCACCACUCGCCGAAUCAUAAUCUAUGGCGUACAAGAUGAAAAUGGAUCCAACAUCCAGAAUUUUGCCUUGGACAUCACACCACCCCCUGAAGUGAUUUACAAAUCAGAGCCAGGCACCAGCGAAGGCAUGAAUGUGCUGGGCAUUGUAAUAUUCUCCGCUACCAUGGGAAUAAUGCUGGGCAGGAUGGGUAGCAGCGGUGUUCCCUUGGUCAGUUUUUGCCAGUGCUUAAAUGAAUCUGUCAUGAAGAUAGUGGCUGUGGCUGUAUGGUAUUUUCCAUUUGGAAUCGUGUUCCUUAUUGCUGGUAAGAUCUUGGAAAUGGAUGAUCCAUCAGCCAUUGGGAAGAAGCUAGGCUUUUAUGCUAUUACUGUAGUUUGUGGCCUGGUGGUACAUGGACUAUUUAUUCUGCCAAUGAUGUACUUCUUCAUCACCAAGAAGAACCCCAUUGUCUUCAUUAGAGGGAUUCUUCAAGCCUUGCUUAUCGCUCUGGCCACAUCAUCCAGCUCAGCCACUUUGCCUAUAACCUUCAAGUGCUUGUUAGAGAAUAACCAUGUGGAUAGGAGGAUCGCCAGAUUUGUGCUUCCUGUGGGAGCCACGAUCAAUAUGGAUGGAACUGCCCUUUAUGAAGCAGUAGCAGCCAUUUUCAUUGCUCAAGUAAAUAAUUAUGAACUGGACUUUGGACAGAUCAUCACCAUAAGCAUCACAGCAACAGCUGCCAGCAUAGGUGCAGCUGGGAUCCCACAAGCUGGCCUUGUGACCAUGGUCAUCGUUCUGACAUCAGUGGGGCUGCCUACAGAUGACAUCACGCUCAUAAUUGCUGUUGACUGGGCAUUAGACAGAUUCCGAACAAUGAUCAAUGUCCUAGGGGAUGCUCUUGCUGCUGGAAUAAUGGCGCACAUCUGCAGAAAAGAUUUUACCAAAGAAGGGUCUGAGGUGCCUUUGAUCUGUGAAACAAAACCUAUCAGCAUCCAUCAAAUCAUGGCUUACCAGAGAAAUGGCUGUGUGAAGAGCAUGAAUGAGCCCCAUGGUCCUGAACCAGCAAAGACAUUACAGCAUCACAUACCUGUUCAAAUAGAGCAAGAAGAAAACCCCAUAGAAACUCAUACAGAGAAAUCCAAUAGUAAAGACCACUGCACUAUUGAAAUCAAUGAACUGGAAACAAAUGUGUAACUCUUGCUCUUGGCAGUAUCUGAAACCUAAUGACUACCUCAUAGCUGGAAUUGGGAGACAGCCUUUUGCCUUGAAUGGGAAAGUAUGGAACGAUUCCCAGGUGUGAACUGGGGCAAUGAGGCCAGCUGUGAACAUCUGUGAUAACAGAAGCCUUCAUAGGGUGUGGCUUUUCAAUAGGUUGGUUUUUAUAAAAAGGAACUAAUCAUUGGACAACUUUGGUUUACUUUGGGCAAAUUGAUAUGAUUCCACCUAUGAUGCUCUUUUUAAAAAACAAACCCACCUAUGAUCCCUUUAAAAUUAUUUCUAACAAGUUACCUCUGUAUCAUAUUAAUCAUGAAGACAACUCUUCAAUAUUCAGCAGUGUCAUACUUUCCUGACCAUGCUUAGUUUCAAAAUGAACUUAUUGUAAUUGCACUCCCAUCUUAGCCUCAGGCAAUCAAUAUUUUACAUCCAGUUAAUCUGGCAACAAGUUGAAAAGUAUAUAU